AUGUGGUGGAAGGAGUGGAAACCUGCCAUGCCUUCUCAAACAGGCGAUGACAUGUCAGAGACACGGUGAGGUCGUGCCAAACCCAUCAUUGCGUAUCGUGGUCACGCUGUGGAAGGUGAUGCAAACAAUAUGGAGUACCAUGGCGACCAUUGUGAGGGCAUGUCCUCCCUCAUUGUCGCUGCCACAAUCGCGUGUAUCGUCUAUGCUGCCGACCGGUAGGCCUUCGUGCUUCAUGUGUUAG